AUGUCGACAUCAGAACCACUUGCGAUCGUGCAAUCAAAGUUUGUCUCGGGUGAGACCGUCAUAACUGCAACUGAAGCAUCGUUAAUACAAGGAUGGAUAAAAUCUACAAGAUAUGUUGCACUUAUUUACAAAGGUUCGACUCAUGCUUUAGCGAUCUUUCUCACUUCGAAGACACCUCCACAAGUAUAUAGUGAUCUUACUCUUGAAGGGAUAUUACCUAUUGAUCAAGAUUUCAAAUGUGGAAUAGAUACUAAUGGAGAAGCACAAGAUGGUCUUGAUGUAUAUAUGAAUAUUACAUCAAGGAAACUUCGUCUGAUAUUUGAAAUAAAGCUGGGAGAAGCAACCAGUUCCUUAGUAUCAGAAAUAUUUCGUGCAAUAGAAGUGUAUCAAACAGCUAAAAGUCCAGCAGCAGAAUUCUCAUGGAUUGAGAAGCUAACAAGAAGUACAAGAUGCUUGGUGACUACUGAUAAAGAUGCACCAGAUGCUGCUGACUCUUUACUCAAUCUUGAGAGUCCUGAGUUUGUAGUACAAAGAUCAUGCAUUGCUUCAGGUAAAUCUCCAGUAGCUGCAAGAGAGUCAGUAGUACGAUAUCAAAUGGCCUGUAAAGAAGAUGAUUAUAUGUACAGCAAAACAUUUCGUAUACUUACAUGCACAUGGAAUGUGAAUGGACAACCUCCAAAUGGCAUUAAAUUAGAUCAGUGGUUAAGUGCCGAUAAAACACCACCGGAUAUAUACGCUAUCGGAUUCCAAGAAUUAGAUCUAAGUAAGGAAGCAUUCCUAUUUCACGAAACCCCUAGAGAAGAAGAAUGGAGACAAGUUGUAGUUAAUUCAUUACAUCCUGGAGGUGUCUAUGCUCAAGUUGCUCUCGUUAGAUUAGUAGGCAUGAUGUUGUUGGUGUAUGCGCUCGAAGCCCACAUGCCUUUCAUCGAAUACAGUACUAAUACGGUAGGGACAGGCAUUAUGGGGAAGUUGGGUAACAAGGGUGGUGUUGCGGUAAGUUGUCGUAUUCACAAUACCUCCAUCUGCUUUGUCAAUGCUCACUUGGCGGCACACUGUGAAGAGUUUGAACGACGUAAUCAAGAUUAUGCUGAUAUCUGCACGAGAUUAUCAUUUGACAAAUUUGUGCCACCUAAAAGUUUUAAAGAUCACGAUCAGAUUUAUUGGUUGGGAGACUUAAAUUAUCGAAUAACGGAAAUGGAUGUUAUCGUGGCUAAACAUCAUAUCGCGGAAGGCAGCUACGCUUCCGCCUUGAUGUACGAUCAGCUUGGACAACAACGUAAAUUAGGACGCGUUUUUCACGGAUUUCACGAAGCUGAAAUAAAUUUUAAACCGACGUACAAAUACGAUCCUGGUACCGACAAUUGGGACUCAAGCGAGAAAUGCAGAGCUCCGGCUUGGUGCGAUCGAAUAUUGUGGAAAGGAGACGCAAUUAAAUCGAUUAGUUAUAAGAGUUACAUGGAACUCAAAAUUUCCGAUCAUAAACCAGUCAGCGCAAGUUUUGAUUCUCAGAUACGAAUUAUAGACACGGCCAAAUAUCGUAAGAUUCAUGAAGAAGUCAUGAAGAAGCUUGAUAAAUUGGAAAACGAGUACUUGCCGCAAGUAAUGGUCGAUACCACCGAUAUUAUCUUUGAUGUUUUGAAGUUUCUCGAACCCAGUAGUAAAGAGCUCAUUAUUGCUAAUACAGGCCAAGUACCAGUGCAAUUUGAAUUUAUAAAAAAGUUAGACGACACCAGUUACUGUAAGGAUUGGCUACACAUAGAGCCUUAUACAGGCUUUAUAAAACCAGGUGAAAAGUGUGAUAUUAAGCUGGAAGUAUAUGUGGAUAAAAAGACUGCAUGUAAGCUCAACUCUGGUGAGGAUAAGCUGUAUGAUAUUUUAGUAUUACAUCUUGAGGGAGGCAAAGAUAUUUUCAUUACUGUAACAGGUACUUACGAAAGAAGCUGCUUUGGCUCUUCUAUGGAAGCAUUGGUUCAUAUUUCAGUUCCAAUCAGAGAAAUCCCUAUUGGACGAAUAAUGGAAUUGGAGAAUAAUAAAAAUCUGUCGCAAGAGCCAUACGCAGUACCUAAAGAAAUAUGGCAUUUAGUAGAUAGACUAUAUCGUCACGGCAUUAAGACUCCAGGGCUUUUUGAAACGCCAGGUCUUCAUAGCGAAAUAGUAGCUAUUCGUGACUGGUUGGAUGAAUGGAGUCAAGACCCAAUGCCUGGUAGUGUACAUUCGGUAGCGGAGGCAUUGCUACUACUUCUAGAAUCCACAGCAGAACCUCUGAUACCAUAUAAUCUACACAAUGUUUGUUUGUCUGCGGCAACUAAUUAUUUGCAGUGUAAACAAAUUGUGAUGCAGUUACCCGAGACCAGAAGAACAGUCUUUCUUUAUAUCAGUUCGUUCUUGCAAGAGUUAUUGAAUCAUACACAAGAUAACGAACUUGAUGCUAAGACGCUCGCGACGUUGUUCGGAUCGAUAUUCUUGAGAGAUCCGCCAAGGAGCAGAGACUAUCAUCACCAGAGAAGUCGCGCGACUCAAAUUACAUUCGAUAAGAAAAAAGCCGCAUUUGUCUAUCAUUUUUUGAUAAAUGAUCAAAGUGACUUCAUACUGGGCCGAUAAUGUGUGGACGUAAGCUUUAUAACGAAAUACUAGUGACAUCAUCUAACAAUUUCUUCCUCUAUUUAGAGCUUCUAAAUAGGGAAAAUUUCUAAAUUGAGAAAACCAAGCAGUUUGUUUGACACUUAUUCUAAUGCUUCUUGUAAUCGACGUCAAGAACUAUGUAUACUUCUAUCAUUCGUCGCAAUCUGAGCAUUGUCUUAAAUGCUGUAAUUCAGUAGGUUGAUACUAAUUCGAGAGACUAGAUAUACUACGAUCUUAUCGUAAAUAUAGAUUAUUUAUUACAGUAUGCAAAUUAAUUCAAAUAAUUUAAUCGACAAGAUCAUCUUCUAUGUUAAUUAUCUUAGUACGCAGUGUGUAUAUGGAAAAAAAGGAACGAUCCUUGAACCUGAUACUGCUUUUUAUAUCGACCAUCUCAACAAAGAUUUUUUACAAAGAAAUGUAAUAGAAUGAAAUAAUCAUAUUUUUAUUUAUGCACUCA